UUGGAUUUACAUCCCUGUGUUAAACUACCAUAAGAUAUAAUUUCGUUUCACCGGAAGUUUGCCAUUGACAUCUAACAAUUUAAUCGGGUCGGGUAAUUUCAAAAUUACUCCGUACAUCAUCCGCGCUGAGAGUUGAUGAUUUUUGAUCUUAUUUUUAGGCACAAAACAACAUGGAAUGGUUAUUUUUGGAUUCCGGUUCGGGUUCAACAGGGACGCAGGGCGAGGCCUUGGAAUGGUUAUUGUCGGAUUCCGGUUCGGGUUCAACAGAGACGCAGUGCGAGGCCCCGGAGGAGGUCGGCGAGCAGGAGGCGCAGUGGGCAGGGCGGGUGGCGAGGUCCAUCAUCGAGUUCGCGCGCUGCUGGAUGACCUUCGCGGUGGAGCACUGCGACCGCGGCCGGGGGGUGCGACCCAGAUGGGCCAGUCAAGGCUUAGAUUUCCUCAUGUUGGCAUGCGAUCCGUACAACACAAAAUAUCUGAGCGACGAGGACUUUGAGGAGUUGAAGACGCAAAUGGAUGGAUGUAUCUCCCAUGUGAUCGGCUCCCGGCUCGCAACUCCCUCGCCGACCGCGCCGCACCGCCAAAGGCACCGCCUCCAGAGUCCACUGUCGAACUGUAGCGCAUCGAGUAAUGGCACGGGAGCCGAGUCGAUCACUUCACACAUUGAACCCGAGGCCGACCCACUGCUCGUCCACACGCAGAGAAUGCGAGAGAACAACAAUCGCGUGCUGGAGGCAAUAGGCGCGACGGACGCAGCGCGCGACGCUCAAUUGCGGGCCAGGGGGUGUGUCGGCCGCGUGUUGCCGGCGGCCGUUCGUAGCUACGAGCCCAAGUUGCGGCAACUCACCUUCAAGUGGCAGCGCGGGCUCAAGAUCGGCGCCGGCACCUUCGGCAAGGUGUACACGGUGGUGAACACCGAGAGCGGGCAGGUGCUGGCCAUGAAGGAGCUCAACAUAGGCGCGGGAGAUCGGCGCGCGCUGCAGCGGGCUGCCAACGAACUGGCCGUGCUACAGGGGGUGGUGCAUCCUCACCUGGUGCGAUACUACGGCUGUGAACUGCAUAGGGAGGAGAUGUUGAUCUUCAUGGAGCUGUGUGUGGAGGGGUCGCUGGAGGCGCUGGUGCUGACGAGCGGGGCCCUGGCCGAGCACACCACGCGGCGCUACACCAAGCAGCUGGUGGCGGCGCUGCGGGAGCUGCACGGGAGAUCCAUCGCGCACCGCGACGUCAAGAGUGGCAACAUCUUCCUCACCAACGACGGACACUGCCUCAAACUGGGUGACUUUGGGUGCGCCGUCAAGAUUCGCGCUAACACCACCGCGCCCGGAGAGCUGCAGGGCUUCGUGGGCACGCAAGCGUACAUGGCGCCCGAGGUGUUCAUGAAGUCUUCGGGUCACGGGCGCGCCGCCGACAUCUGGUCGCUGGGCUGCGUCGUCACCGAGAUGGCUUCCGGCAAGCGGCCGUUCCCGGAGUACGACAGCAACUACCAGAUCAUGUUCGUGGUGGGGAUGGGCGGGAGGCCCCACGUGCCCCACUCUCUGUCGCCGGAGGGCCGCGAGUUCUGCGGCGCGUGUCUCACGCACGACCCGCACGACCGACCCGCCGCUGACGCGCUGGCGCUGCAUCACUUCCUCAUGGUGAAGUCUGACGAUGACUGCAAAUGUGAACCCGGGUUCAUGAUCCAGGCGAAGAGUUAACCUUCUGUUCUACCACACUGACUACUUGGUAGAUAUCAUCUGCCUGAACUCAUUUGGAAACCGAAAUCUGCCAUUCGUCUGAAUAUAUCAAGCGAUUGUACACCGACAAUUGACAUUGUUCUAUUCGUUACACGCACUGACCUGUACUAUAUACCACUGGACUGGCGGCUGUCAAAGUGCUUUUGUGCCUGUUUGAUAUUUUUAUUAUAUUCGCCAUUUUGGCGCUGUUGGCCAUGUAGCGAGAGUCUGCGGUACUAAAUCUAGUGAUGACAACCUCAGCAUACAUCGAUAGAUGGUGGGAUACUAUUUACAAAAAAAAUGUCUACUUUAUCACGUUGAUUCCUGGCGUAUAAAUAACACGGAAAACGAACGAAAUUAAUUCAAAAUGUAAAAAUACUUCAGAGUAUUGUACAUUCCUUCGCAGCCAUUUGUAUUAUACCUCAAAAUUAUUUCUCUGGGCGCUCGCGAGUGGCGCUUCAAAUAGGCACAAAAAAAUUGCUGUCAAACAUGUGACAGCGACAGCCUGUCCAGUGAAGUUUGUACAGGUCAGUUGUUACAAGUCAGAAUUUAAAUACGCACUUAAAAAGAAAAAGGUGCGUACAAAUAAUUUGUCUUUCCAUUUUAAGUAUCAUUCAUAGCAAGAAAACACCUUCGAUCAACAAUCAAAACAAUCCAAGAAACGCGGCAAAUUUUGACAGUUUGGCCUAACGUCAAACUAAUGUCAAUGCAAUUGGUAUUGCCAUAGUGCUAAAAUGGCCUAACUCACUUAGUCCACUACAGCGCUACCAAACUUUUUAAAUUUCUGAAAGGUUAAGAUUAAUUGUAAUGCCAUCUAUGAAAAAAAUGUUGAACUAAAUUUUAGGCCACUUUGGCGCUAUGACUUACCUUUUAGAGCAGUUUUAUCAAAUAAAAUCAGUAUUGAAAAAAUGACAGUUAGGCCACUCUGGCUCUCAUGGCCUCAAUUUAUAUAUGUGUGUUUAUAUAGUAGUAUAAUAUUAUAAUAUAUUAGUAAGUAGGUAUAAACUUUAUAUUCAUAUAUUUUAUGCAUUUGUAACAAAGAGAUUUAAGUAUGAUUUGACAUCGAGGGAAGAUCACGAACAAAUUCGAAAUCGGAAAAAAAAAUUCAGUCACAUGUGUGAUAUUCUACUUAAUGCGCGGUAUCUCCCAAAACGAUUAAAUAAUAAAAUAAUAGUUCGAUAUAAAAAUGCGUUCGUGUGCGUUGUGAUAUAAUUUUCUGUGACUUUUAAGAACAAUCGUGUUAACUUAGAUUAAGGGUUGGGCACCGCUGCGCUCCACCUAGAUACCGCACUACUAAGAGCUUUUUUACUACGGCAACUAUAAGAUUUUGUAAAAAUACGCUUCGUGUUAUUUUACUUCAAUGUAAUUAAUACAAUACAAAAUACUUACUGAUGAUAUGUGAUCCCAGUGUAUUUCUUAUAUCUUGUAGUAUUAUUUUUACAAAGUUUUGCUACGUGACCCGGUAUUUUAGUUUCACUUAUUAGCUAAGUUUAACAGAAGUUGUGGCACGCAACGUCUCACAUUGUUCGAGACUGGCUCGAGUACGCCCACUUGGGCGUAGUAUUAGUUGCCGCGCCUGCGGUAUCUAGUUGGAGCGCAGCGGAGACCAAUUCUUUAUCUAAGAUUGUUAAUAUUGUUAUAAGCGCCCUCUAUUGUUCACCAGCUAUAUCGAUCCAGCUACACUAUACUUGAUGAUUUUUUUUUCACAGUUUACAGCUGUAGUUCAAAGUAGAGCGAUCACUGGCCUUCGAUUUUAAGCUGUGUUUAAUGUGUUAUAGCUAUUGGUAUUUGGAUAGUGCCAUUAUUGGAAGCCAUCAACAAUUAUGUAAAAAAAUCCCAGUGAAUCUUACUGUAAUCUCUUUGAUAUAAUAAUUAUGAUAGUACCUGAUUAUUAUCUAUAAAAAUACGUAUUUUAUUCUAGUUAUUUUAAAGAAAUAAAUAAAUUAUGUUAAGAAUAUCGUGUAUAUUUAAAUUAAGAAUACGUAUUAUAUUUUAUUUGUAUCAAAGAUAUGAGUUUAACUCAAUGGAAUUGUAUUAAAUUAUUAUGAUUUUUCUACUUAAAAUUAUAUAUAGUAGUCAAGUGCGAGUCAGAUAGACACUCGGAGGUAAGAGAUAACAUAAUGUUGUUCGCAAAUACUUUUUGUAAAAUAUUCUUAUUUAAUUGUUAAGCCAGUUUGGAAUUUCCCAUCAUGUUGAAGUUAAAACUUCUUUAGCUUCGUUGCGAUUUGAAAGUCGAUGAAACGAAAAAGCGAGACGAAAAAGAGACAGACAGAUAAAUUCAUAAAAUUUAACGUAAUAAUGAGAAAGGAAGCAUUAUACAGUGUUUUGGUACCAGGCAAUCAUAGUUGUAGAAGAGAUUGUCUUAUGUAUAACGUGAGUAUACCCUAAUAUAUUCUAACGUCAUGCGCACGACGUAUUACUACAUAGACACCAGGAGAACAUAAAUAUUGGUAACGGUGAUAGUAAUGUCUUUCAUAGCGGUUAAAAUCAUGUGUCAUCCUAGCAAGUCAUGUACCAGGACUUCAUAUGCAGUUUAGAGGUUCAUACACAAUGCAAGUUUAACUUCAGACAUGUGUACUUUGUAUCCAUGCUUUUUUUUUAAUCUGUAAUAGUUACAUAAUAUUCGCAUGGUCACACUUAACGAUAACAACCUGUAUAUAUCAUAAUGUUAUCAGAAAUAUAUAAGGCUGAUUUUUGAUGAUGAAGAAGUGCAGCUGUCUUGCGAGUCAAUAUAAUGGUUAAGUAUCUCAAACUGUCGUUUUAACAUUAUGUAAAAUUAUUUGUAUUAGAUUGUUAUUAUUAGGUUUGGUUUGUUAAACGUAAAAACCACGAGAUUGUCAUUCACUACUUCCAUUUUUGUAGGCUUAAACUAAGUACUUUUGAAUCGUCACUCUAAGUAUUUCUUUCAAAUUACUGAAUACCAUAUGUUUGUAAAAAGUUGAGCUAGUGAAAAGAACAUACAAGAAACUCAACGUCCACUCUUUUCAAUCAAAUAGAGUAUUUUACAAUAUUUUGGUUUGUGAGGUGCUGCAUCCAAUUAAAUGAGUCGAGUUUAAAUAAUAUAAAUGAUUUCAUAAAAAGUAAUAAAAAAUUAACUGUAUUAAUAUAAAUUAUCGUAUAUUGGAUGCAUCAACCUUUAGCAUUUGAAGUCAUUGUUUGUGUAAGGAUGCUUCGUGAACAUGACGGUCGUGAGUACUGUCACCUAGUAAAAGACUUAAAAGGUUUUCUUCAAUUCUGUAGUAAAUUAAUACUUGAAAUUAACAAAAAACAGAUCUAAAUGCAUGCAGCUAUAUUAUGAUCUCACUUUAAUGAUUGUGAGAUGAAAUUAAUAUUUGGAUAAACUUUGGCAAUCAUUUAUCGUCCUACUAUGACUAAAUUUAUAUUGUUUUUACAAACUAUAUGAUGUUAUUCACUUAAUUAUUAUUGUAUUGCUACGUGGCGCAUCUCAAACGUUAUACGAAUUGAAAAUACAACUUAGGCCGCUAUCCCAAGAAAUCGCCAAAAUAGCGCAUAAUCGAAACCAUUUCUUGACGGUUUAUGUAAAGCUUAGAUUUUUACAAAAAAUAAUUAUACAUCUACACAAUAUGAGACGAAAAUUGAUUUUUUCUUUACAUUUCUAUUAUUUUUAUAGACAGUGCCAAAAAAUAACUAAACUACGCCUAACUUUUACAUUUGUAGCUAGUUUACAACACUACACUAUCUGCGUAUGCGCGUUGUCUUUGACAUUGUUAUAUUAUAACACAAAUUUAAUUUGAAAACAAAAUUUAUGAAAGACGCGGGACUCGAAUAAUAUAAUUCCUUAAAAAUGUUAUUUUUAAGGAAU